AUGGAACCACGCGCCCGCGCCGGGCGGCACAAGGCCAGUCUGAACUUCGGGCAUGAACUCUCCGGCCUACUCUUCGCGUACGGCGCACCUACCCAUCCAGACAUUGUGAACCCCAUCGGGGCCUCCUCGCAGCAAUAUCUCGACAAGAACGGCAGCGGCAUGACCACAACGACCAACCACUCCAAUAACCACAGCAACCACGACGCGAAGCCAUUCCACCAGCCCUUCCCGGAAACCGUCCGGGUUCUCGACGAGAUCCUCACAGACUUCAUCAUCGAAACAUGUCACAACGCCGUGAGCGUGGCAAGCUACAGUGGGCGCGCGAAGCUGAAACUCUCGGACUUUGAGUUCGUGCUACGCCGCGAUGCAGUCAAGCUCGGCCGUGUCCAGGAAAUGUUCAAGAAGAAGCGCGAUAUCGAUAACAAGAAGAAACUCUUCGAUACCAAUGAGGGACGAGAAGGGACGAAGAUGGCCGUGGGUGAUUUGGUGAAUCUUGGGGAGGUUGUUGGCGAGGAAGGAACCGGAAAAGGGAAAGGGAGAGGUAGAGGUAGGAGGAAGAAGAGGGAUAGGCAUGACGGAAAUGCUGCCGUGGGAGACGAUGCCAGAAGUGCUGUUGGGACCGGGACCGGGACCGGCAGGGAAAGCGUUGUUGGCGAUGAUAUGGAACUCGAGGACAGGGCGAGUAAGAAGGCGAGGAGUGAGGUUGGUUGA